AUGCGAUGCCAUUUCAUGCUUCUGCUUCUCCUGGGGAAAUCCCUCGCGCAAGAAGCCACGAAAGAGCCUGUCCUGAAGGAGGAAACAAAAAUCACCCUGCACGAAGACCCUGGGAAAGACCCUUCAUUCGAGCACCUUUUCAGCAAAGAACUCGCUCUCGCCCAGAAAGCCCUUUCCUCGCAGGAGAAGGAGAUUUCGAGGGUGAAGAAGUCCCUCAGCGCCCUCGCAGAGAGUGGCCGCAGAUACUUCCUGGAGAGUGCCCCAAAACCUCCCACGGAUAAAUUCAUCGCUGUUUUUGACGGGGGAUCUACAGGGACUCGCCUAAACAUAUACCAAUUCGACGGGAAAGGCCUCGUUUUAAAGUCGCAUUUUUUCAAAAACAUCCCCGGGGGAGUCCACACGAGCAAAGCCCCGAAGGACGACAUUCAAGCACUUCUUUCUGCGGGAGAGACUUUCCUGGAGAAGAACCAUCAUUCCACGGGAUACGACUUUCCGAUGGUUUUCAACGGGACUGCAGGUCUCCGUCUCGUGGGGGAGAGAGCCAGAAACUCCCUGAUUCUCUCGAUAAAAGAGGCGAUAAAAGAGUCCACAAAGCGGGAGGUUGAAGUGAGAGUGAUCGACGGGAAGGAGGAGGGAUUCUAUGCGUGGGCUGCACUUGUCUUUGUUACGCAGAUGAAGGAUAAAAUCGGGAUCUUCGACCUUGGGGGAGGAUCUGCGCAGAUUUCCUUCGAAGUAGAGAAAGAUCUGCAGGAUGCACAGGAGGGAAUUGUCCACGGGAAGAACAAAGACGUUCUCUCUCGGUCUUUCCUGGGGAUGGGUCUCUUCGCAGGGCUUGAGAGAGUCCGGAAGAGCGACGAGAAGAAGCACUGCGCCUGGGGGAGGGAGAGUUUCAGCCUUCCCCAGUGCAAGAUGCACAUGAAGAGCGUAAUUGGAGCGAUGAUUCAGGAAACUACUGCAGGGAAGGAGAUAGCUCCAGGAAUUUCUCAGGUGAAUACGAUAUUCGUGACUUCCUUCAUUGCGGAGAUGCUGAACAGUUUGCAGACUCCAGGGACUGCGCAGUUCAAGGACAUAAAAAAAGUUGCAAAUUCUCUGUGCAGGAAGGAUUAUUCGGGGAGUAAUCCUGGGAAGGAGGAAACUCCCGGGAGGAAUCGCCUGGACUGUGUGGGGGUGACGUAUGCGAUUAUCUUCAUGGAGAAUCUCGGGGUGGGCCUGUUUACGCCGAUCCGGAAUGCCUCGAAGAUUCCGACGGAUAUUAGCUGGUCCCUGGGGAGGGCUCUCUCCCUCCUGGAGUAG